UAUAUAUAUAUAUACACAGAAAAAUUGUACAGAUUGAAAGAAUAUUGUUUCUUAGUGAGUGUAGAUGUGAUGGUGGAGAAUUGCGAUAAUAAAAUUGGGAAAAAAUUACCAAAGGGGGAAAAAAGAGGGAAGAUAAAAUGGGGAGUGAUGGGUGCAUUUGUUGUGUUAAUGGCCGCCAUAGCUGUAACUUCCAACCACGCUCAGAAUCAUAAGUCUUGUCUCUGUUCGCAGGAUGCUCGAAAAUAUACGGGUAUAGUUGAGGACUGCUGUUGUGAUUAUGAAACAGUCGACAGUGUUAAUGGUGCAGUACUCCACCCUUUACUUCAAGAACUCGUUAAAACUCCAUUUUUCCGAUAUUAUAAGGUAAAGUUGUGGUGUGACUGCCCUUUUUGGCCCGACGACGGAAUGUGCAAAUUACGUGAUUGUAGUGUAUGUGAAUGUCCAGACAAUGAAUUUCCGGAACUAUUUAAGAAACCGAUUAAGAAUAGCCUUUCGUCCGAUGAUUUAAAAUGUCAAGAGGGAAAGCCACAGGGUACAGUUGACCGAACUCUCGAUUCAAAGGCGUUUAGGGGGUGGAUUGAAGUCGAUAAUCCGUGGACAGAAGACGACGAAACUGAUAACAGUGAGAUGACGUAUGUUAAUUUGCAAUUGAAUCCCGAACGGUACACUGGCUAUACCGGGCCUUCGGCUAGAAGGAUUUGGGAUGCUAUUUAUUCCGAAAAUUGCCCAAAAUAUACAUCAGGACAAGUAUGUAAAGAGAAAAGAGUGUUGUACAAGUUAAUAUCGGGCCUUCACUCCUCGAUUUCAAUUCACAUUGCCUCUGAUUACCUUCUCGACGAAGCUAAUAAUCUGUGGGGUAGAAAUCUGGAGUUGAUGCAUGAUCGAGUAUUGAGGUAUCCCGAUCGAGUGAAAAAUUUGUACUUCACUUUCAUGUUUGUUCUCCGAGCUGUCACAAAAGCUGCAAAUUACUUGGAGCAAGCUGAAUACGAUUCUGGUAACCACGUGGAGGAUCUGAAAGCCCAGUCUUUAAUGAAGCAGCUUCUUUAUAACCCUAAACUGCAAGCUGCAUGCCCACUUCCGUUCGACGAAGCUAAAUUAUGGCAAGGUCGUGGGCCCGAGUUGAAGCUGGAGAUUCAAAAGAAUUUCAAAAAUAUCAGACUUAGUCAAAUCUCCUUUGUAAUUUUAUUUUUGAACUCGCAGCUGCAACUGCAAAGAAAUGAAGUGAUUGCUUUGCUGAAUCUACUUCAUCGGCUCUCGGAAUCAGUCAAACUCGUCAAUGAAAUCGUCCCGUCUGCUGAACUCACUUCAAAACCUCGAUUGCACGGAUUUUUUAGUUUAUGGCAAAGAGCACAUGAAGCAGUUAGAACCUUUCGGUUAACGCUUCCGCUAUAGCUGGCAAUCUCGGCUCACGAACCCUAAUUGUAUAAAUUUUUGAACGUGGGGAUCGAGAAUUGUUAUACCUACUGAUUAAUUUCUGGAGAGAGAAUCGUAUACAGUUGUAUAGGAAUAUGAAUUAGUCGGCGAAAAGUACUCGGAAUUUCUUUUUUUUUUUUUGGACAGAGAUGUAACAUUAUUUUUAAAACUAGUUUAACUUAUGUUUUUUUCUUCGUCUGCGAUUCGAAUUUUUUUGCUUCGUAUGUAGUAUCUGUUGCCUUGUGUAAUGAACAGAUGUAGCAUUGUUUUUUAGACUAGUUUAACUUGUGUUUUUUUCUUUG